CAACUGACCCUUUCUACUCUCUUCUCUAUUUUAUUGUCUCCUUACUUUCAAUAAUUCCCUUUUUCGUUGUUUAAUUUCCUCCGCCUUCUUCAAUUUGGGGAGGAUUACUGGGAACUGACUUAGGCCUCCUCCCUCCUCUGCUCCAGAUUUUCAAUUUAUGGGCGUAUCUUCGUUUCUGCUGUAAUUGGAUUCUUCUAGGCACACAUUCCCGGAUCUAGAGAGAGAGGGAUAUGUGUAGUGUAACCAAGUUUUGUGAUAAGGUAUAUAUGAUGGCGGAAGGGGGAUCUCAGUAUUGUUCCAAGAAGUCUGAUGAUAUAUGUGAUGAGGAUUCAGGAAAGAGCUCGAGCAUGACAAGAUUAAAAUGCUUCCUGCGUGGAUUGGACAUUAAAGCCUAUCUCUUCCUCUUCAUGUUGAUCCCGACAUCUCUGUUUUUCAUAUAUGUGCACGGCCAGAAGAUCACUUACUUCUUGCGGCCGUUGUGGGAAUCUCCGCCUAAGCCCUUCCAUGAAAUCCCUCACUAUUAUCACGAGAACGUAUCAAUGGAGAAUCUGUGUAAGCUUCACGGAUGGGGAAUUCGUGAGUAUCCUAGGCGUGUUUUUGAUGCCGUGUUGUUCAGCAAUGAGCUUGACAUCCUCAAGAUAAGAUGGAAUGAGUUGUACCCUUAUGUCUCAGAGUUUGUCCUCCUGGAGUCCAACUCAACCUUCACUGGUCUGCCGAAGCCUUUUGUGUUUGCUGGAUUCCGGGAUGAGUUUAAGUUUCUUGAGUCACGGCUAACGUACGGUCAAGUUCCGGGGAGAUUCAAGAAAGGGGAGAAUCCGUUUAUUGAGGAAGCGUAUCAGAGACUUGCAUUGGAUUAUCUCCUGAAACAAGCUGGUAUUCAGGAUGAUGACUUGUUAAUAAUGUCGGAUGUUGAUGAGAUACCAAGUAGGCACACGAUUAAUCUCUUGAGGUGGUGCGAUGGUAUACCUCCGAUCCUCCAUCUUCGUUUGAGGAACUAUCUCUAUUCCUUUGAGUUUCUUGUUGACAACAAUAGCUGGAGAGCUUCUAUUCACGUAUAUGAGUCUGGGAAGACGAGAUAUGCCCACUAUCGACAGUCUGAUGAGAUAUUGGCUGAUGCAGGGUGGCAUUGUAGCUUCUGCUUCCGACGCAUCAAAGAGUUUGUAUUCAAGAUGAAGGCUUACAGUCACGUGGAUCGGGUUAGGUUCUCUCAUUUCUUGAACCCCAAGAGGGUGCAGAGAGUGAUCUGCAAAGGCGCUGAUUUGUUUGAUAUGCUUCCUGAGGAGUACACUUUCAAGGAGAUAAUUGGGAAAAUGGGACCGGUGCCACAUUCGUACUCAGCUGUGCAUCUUCCUGCUUAUCUGUUGGAGAAUGCAGACCAGUUUAAGUUCCUCUUACCUGGGAAUUGCUUAAGAGAGAGUGGCUGAGGUGGGGAGUCUAUAAUUUUUGUAUAGAUUGAAAUGGAGGAUAUUUUUAUUGAACCAAGCCAGAGGUGUCGCUUUUACAGCUUGUUGGGCGUAUUUAUAUCAUUCUUUUUACGAGUGUUUGGGGGAAUCGGACACAGUUCUUGGUUUCCAAUGGUGACUUUUGUAUAUAGUUAGCCCUCUUCUCUUGAACAUGAAUGCUCCUCUCAAAAUUUGCUUC